UUGGUUUAGAGUUAGGUUUGGAAGGUUUGGAUGCGUAGGGACCAUUGAGUUGUUCCUAUAAUUUCCUUAAAUUCAAAGCACCAUUUAUCCAGUCAUUUUAUUGGCACCAGAAAGGGUUAACCAUUUGAGCACGAUAGGUCAUCCAUUGUGCAUUAGUCCUGCUUAGUCAGGCAAGUCAUCCAUUGUCGGUAAGCCAUACCUUAACAGGUACAGGCAAGUCAUCCUGAGCGGGAUUCCCAAACCUCGUUUUUCUCCCGCUCACUUUUCUCCUUUCUCCAUCUGUCGCUUUUACUCAGUCUGUCCAUCACUGCUGUCCUUCGUUCAGUGGUGAAUUAUCUGAACAAAUCCACGAAAAGGAGGGAAUUUAAAGAAGCAUGCCCGAACUUGAGCGGCCAAUGAAAAUGUGUUCCAGAAACGAAUCUUUAGCAUUUAAAAACAAGUGUCCAUGUUCCACAACCUUUCCUCCCAGAGGCAAGUGGGUGUUUUUGUUCAUUAAUUAAUUCCGCUUUAAUAGCUCCUAACCCAAUAGUAAUAUCCAGCAAUAUCCUUUCAGCUAAUUUAAUCUUUUUUCUAAAAUGGACAGCAGACAUCCUUAUGCAUCCAUCCUUCCAUCCAUCCAUCCAUCCAUUAUCUAACCGGCUUAUUCCUGGUCAGGGUCACGGGAGGUGCUGGAGCCUGUCCCAGCAUGCAUUGGGCCAGAGGCAGGAAUACACCCUGGACAAAGUGCUAGUCCAUCACAGGCUGUACUCUUUAUGCAUUUUAUGCUGUAUUCAGACCUGGGGAAAAGCAGAGAGAGAGAGAGUAACAGGCAGAGAAGGGAACACGGUACAGGAAGUGCGAUCGAUGGCGGGGGACCGAACUCCCAGCUGCGUAGCGGGAUUCUUACAUAACCCUUUUUUUUUUUUUUACGGCGGCCACGCGCUUCAGCCGCUGACUAACCCGAUUGGCUGUCGGUUCCUCCGCAGCCCGGCCAACGGCGGCCACACCUGCUACGGCCCGAACUACGAGUUCCAGCUGUGCAACUCGGAGGAGUGCGCCAACCUGUUCAGCGACUACCGCGAGGACCAGUGCCGCAUGUUCGACCCGUCCUUCGAGUACCAGAACGCCAAGCACCACUGGCUGCCCUUCGAGCACUCGGACCCCAAAGAGCGUUGUCACCUUCACUGCCAGUCCAAGGAGACGGCGGCCAGGGUGGACAUGCAGCGGAUGGUGUACGACGGCACCCGCUGCUCCUACAAAGACCCCUACAGCAUCGCUGCGGAUGGCACGCCGGACGGGAAAGUGGGUUGCGACGGGGUCGUUGGGUCCAGCCAACAGGAGGACAAGUGCGGGAUCUGUGGGGGGGACAACUCCAGCUGCAAAAUUGUCAAGGGCAACUUUCACCGCAGUGCCAAGAAACAAGGUUUCCUCAAAAUCCUUGAAAUCCCUCGAGGUGCCAGACAUCUGCUCAUCCAGGAGUUCAAGGGAACUCCGCACGUCCUGGCGGUGAAGAACCAGGCCACGGGUCACAUCUUCCUGAACGGAGAGGGCGAGGCCCCUGAGUCGCGUAGCGUCAUCGAGAAGGGGGUGGAGUGGGAGUACGAGAACGACGACGACAAGGAGACGGUCCAGACCACCGGCCCGCUGAAGUACGGAGUCGUCAUCAUGAUACGGUCUCACGGCGACUCCAAGGUCACCCUGUCCUACAAGUACAUCAUCCACAAGGAGCUGCAGUCCUUCAUCGAGAACAACGUCCUGCAGGAGGACUCCUCCUUCUACGAGUGGUCCCUGAAGAAGUGGUCCCACUGCUCCAAGCCCUGUGGCGGAGGUAAGCAGUACACACGGUAUGGAUGCCGGAGAAAGUCUGACAGUAAGAUGGUCCACCGGGUCAACUGUGAGAACAUAAAGAAGCCUCAAGCCAUCAGCAGAGACUGCAACCAGAAAGAGUGCUCACUGCCCAUCUGGGUGACGGGGGACUGGGAGGCCUGCAGUAAGUCCUGUGGGAAGACGGGGUACCAGAUGCGCUCGGUGCGCUGCAUCCAGCCGCUACACGACGGCACCAACCGCUCCAUCCACAGCAAGUACUGCAACGACGACCGGCCCGAGGCCCGGAGACCCUGCAACCGACAGCUGUGCCCCGCCCAGUGGAGGGUGGGGCCCUGGUCACAGUGCUCGGUAACGUGUGCCAAUGGGACGCAGGAGAGGCAGGUUCUGUGUCACACCCGGGACAACACCAUCGGCCUGUGCCUGGACGCGAAGCCGGAGACCGUCAGAGCGUGCAGACUUUCGGCAUGUCCAAAGGGUUCAUCGGACCACAAGAACGGGAACUUCCUGAUUCAGUGGCUGUCCCGGCCCGACCCAGAGUUCCCCCUCCACAAGAUCUCUUCAAGGCAGCGUUGCCAUGGGGACAGGUCGGUGUUCUGUCGGAUGGAGGUGCUGAGCCGGUACUGCGGCAUCCCGGGCUACCGGCAGAUGUGCUGCAAGUCCUGCGGCGAGGGCAACCACACGGCGCGCGCCAACGGCACCACGUCGCUCCGCAGGAAGUACACAGCGCCCCCUAGUGACGCAGACGGGAACUACACCGCCGUCCCCACUCACACUGCUAUGAGCUACACCCCGGCUCCCAAAAAUACGAGCAGGGAGUACAGCGAAGCCCCAUGGCUCACGAACAGCGCGCACUCUUUAUUUUCCACGCCUACCGUCGCGAGCAAAUACACCGGUACGUUCAUCCCUGACACCUCCUCCUUCAGUUACACUACAGAUCCCAGCACCACCUUCAGCGGGGCUGGCGCUACGGUUCCCAGCGUGCCCGUCAGCGAAGAGGACGCCUCAGUUUCCAGCACCGCUGUUGCUGAAGAAGACUCCACGGAUCCUGGCAGCAGCGUCGGCUUCGAUGGCACUACGGUUCCCAGCAGCACUGUCACCAGCGAUGAUGUCACAAUGCCCAGCGCUAUUCUUACUGGCCGUGACAUCGCCGUUGCCAGUCCCACCGCGUCCGCUUGGUUCGACACGACGCGCGCGCCCCUGCCUACCGUUGAUCCAACCACGGAAGCUUCCGGAGAGGACGCGACACCGACGACCGCCGCCGUGACAACCGCCGUCGUCACGACGGCGACCUCGCGGGCCCCGGCCAGCACCGUCAGCGCCCGGCUGCCGAACAAAACGGAGGAGGUGAGGGAGAACAACUCCAUCGACGUGCCGUACAGGAUCGUGGGCGUGGACAACGUCGAGGUGUCCCAGAACAACUUCAUCCCGCGGGGGGGGCGGCGCCUGUACCGCGAACGAACUCGGAACAAGCGCAUCCAGGAGCUCCUGGCCGAAAAACGCAGCUCCCUGCGACGGACGCGGAGCGGACCGAGCGCGUGAGAGCGACGGCGGGGGAAUUUCUCUUAUAGAGACGCGUCUUCGUCAGUCACAGACUGGAACUGUUUUAAUCCCCGGAUCUGCAAUGGUGCUCCGUCUGGUGCUGGAAAAAAAUUGUUUUUUAAAAAUUAAUAAUAUUGAGGAAAAGUAAAAACCCGGUACCGAUUCUCCCGACGACUUUUAACUGGAGAAAUAGCUAACAAGAUGUUGUGGAAAUGAAUAACCACUGGCAAAUGUUUGCACAGUUGCUUUUAAAAUCAAAGACCUUCCCUUUAGGAUGUUUCUCUAAAGAUGUUUGAUGGAAGCAAUAUUCUGAAUAUGGGCAUGUUUGCGAUUUCUCUGACAGCAGGUUAGGCACGAUAGGCAUCCUAGAAGUGACACUUUAUCUCUCCAAACCCUUCUGAGGCCUUCGAGUGCGAGACAGAAGCUCACAGGAAAGAUGUGAGUUCAUCACAAACCCUUCUCCACUCCGCUCAGACACCCCUGCACAAAUAGCCUGUAUACGCACACUCUUCUUCGUCCAGCCAGCAUCCAUUUUAAUUCUACUUUGUCAUGAUCUUUUGAUAACCUUCUUCUCGAAGAUUCGUGUUGGCAAAUUAAUUCUACUCCUAAGUGCACAUGCUUUGACUUUGCCAGCAUAGCCUCGGACUGCAGCACAUUUCCUAUAGAUAGAAGCUAGGAUGUGCCUGGAAAUUAUUUUAUCUGUUUACGGAUACAGUUUGCUUGUAGAAGCGACUCUUAAAGCAGCGCAUGUGUAUUUUUUUAUAAGAACCCAUCAGUUCUUCAGUUAAAGUUUGAUUCUUGCUUUCGCUCUCUUUUUUUUUUUUUGGACAUUUCCGUUUUAUUUUUAAGCUAAAAUCAUUAACCAGCAAAAGAAAACGCCACAAAACAUGUUUUAUGACAAUUUAGACAUUUAGCCGACACUUAUCCAGAGUGACUACCUUUUUGUACACACAGCUUACACUGUUUUUACACACUAUGCUUUUAAUCAGCUGGUUAUUCAGGUGAAGUAGCUUGCUCAGGUGUACAAUGACCUCAACUGGGCGUUACAAUUACAACCUUGGAGUACACAUUCCAGUAACCAUUACGCUACACUGCCACGCUGCUCAAAACGUAUAAUUAUAAACAAUUAUAAACAAAAAUGAUACAAAAAAAGCUUAUGUAUUUAAAUCACCAUGCUACAACUGCACAUCGUUUGUUAUUUAGAAUAUGCACCUACUCAGCAGGGUAGAUUAGACAGAGCAGGGAUUGUUUACUACAGUAAAACAGGGUACCUUUUUUCUCUCUAGCCUUCUUUUAGUUUAUAACGACCGUCUGCAUUUCAGUUAUCUGUGAUUUUAAUGCAAUAAUUGUGCUAAAUUAGAGCAGGCUUCUCGCACACACACGUGCAGACAUUAUCUCUCUCUCUCUCUCUCUCUCUCUCUCUCUCUCUCUCUCACACACACACACACACACACACACACACACACAUCAUCCUUCUCUCCCCCCACUUUUAAGACCACAAUGGAAAUAAGCUUUUUAGCUUUCUUGUGUUAUCUUCAUAGUUUUUCAAGAUUGGCACUUGAUCCUCUUGUAUUUUUUUCUUCUUAUGAUUAUCAAAUAAAUUCAGUCAGUCAAUCAAUCAAUGACUGUCCACCAGGAAGCCACCAAGUUGGGUGCACAGACAGGGUUUGGAGAAAUAAAGUUCAUUCUGGACCUACCAGGUACGAUUACAGCCAUUCCAGCGGCUUCAGCACUAGAAGUCUGUGACUGUAGUCCUACCCUAAUAACUCUAACCGCUGAAGCAGUCAUGUCCAGCUCCAGCUGUUUGUUGCACAAUGACUCACUGCUUUUUAAAUGCAAAGAAAAUGAACAGGUCUCUGUGUAACUUUGGGUAGUGGAAUGGACAGAUUAUAUUUUUUAAAAAUGCCUUGGCACACCAUAGUAUUGUGCGUAAAUGAAUCCAAAAAGUGCUUUGAGUGUAAAGAUUCAGAGUCGGAGUGAAAAGAUUCAGAGUCGGAGUGUAAAGAUUCAGAGUCAGAGGGUAAAGAUUCAGAGUCGGAGUGAAAAGAUUCAGAGUCAGAGUGUAAAGAUUCAGAGUCAGAGUGAAAAGAUUCAGAGUCAGAGUGAAAAGAUUCAGAGUCAGAGUGUAAAGAUUCAGAGUCAGAGUCGAUCAGGUAACUCUCAGCUUAAUUGCUUAGCGCUUCGCAGUGUUAUACAGGUUUACUGUGAGAAUAUAACGGAUUCAUAACGGAUUCAUAACGGAUCUUCUCCCAUCCCGUCUCUCCUCGUACGUACUGACAUGAUAAUACUCUCCAAAGUAUUCCUGAGACCUUUUCAUUCACUUUUGUGUAUUACAUUUUUAAAAACGUAAAAGAAAAAAGAAUGAAAAAUAAAAACUCUUAUUUACCUACUGCAUCACAACGGAAGCUCGCAGGGCCAGUUAUUUCUGAUGUCUGAGCGCUCUUUUUCGCAAACGGCUUCGAAAACAAAAGCACGGAGGGUCUCGCUGUACGAUAUCUGUACAUAUGAAUCAGAACUUUAUUUUGAAUAUUUAUUAAAGUUCAAGUGCCUGUGGUAUUUUGCA